ACGGGCUGCAGCAGCGAUGAGGCACAUGUCCCGGCUCAUUGCCACAACUCCGAUGGAAGGGCAACAAUAGCUUCUGUAAUUGCACCGUUCAAUUUGGGAGGAAUAAUCGGCGGCGACACAAAGACAGCGUCAGCAUGUCGCAUUUGCUGAGGCGCACCAAGAAGUCCUGUCUGAAGUUCCUGCGCAAGAUAUCGACUUCAAAGCAUCUAUUCGUGCAGCGCCUGGACGAGGAGGACGGAGACGACGAGGAGGUGCAGGUGGAGGUGGAGGUGGACCUGCAGCGGGAUCUGGAGCUGGAUAUGAACAGCAAUUGCCCCGCGAUGGAGGCCAUCUACGAGGAGUUGCAGCUGAGUGAGUGCACUCCGGCCUUGGAUUUGGCCAAGGAAGUGGAGGAGCCGCAGCAGGAGCCCAAGCACGAUCUGAGGACUAAGUACUUGAUGAACUACGGCAGCUACGAGGUGUUGGCCACCCUGCCGAGCAUCGAAUUCGAGCGGGUCAACUACAAGGAGAAUGUGCGCUAUCUGCGGCACACACCCUCCAAUUCCAGUCUGGACCUGCAGCUGGAGGAGCAGCAGCAGGAGCAACUGCAGCAGCUGCAGCUGCAGCAACAGCAGCCGCAAGUGCAGCAACAGCAGGCCACUCCAAGGAAGCAAGUGCAGCAGCAGAGGAUUCCCCCGGCCAACCGCUAUCAUCCCUGCAGCAUCAGUCUGGGCUCCAAGUUCGAGGGCAACUACCACAACGUGGUGAUCAUGGAGCCGCCGCACGACGACUUUCCCAUUGUCAAGUGGGACAUCAACGGCAACUCCCUCGACGACGACACCUGCGAUCGCUGGGAGGACUUCGAUGCCAGGUGGCGCCAGGCGGCGGCCGUCACCAGAUCCCUCUCGCAGUCCCAGAAGUCCAGCCACCAGUCCAGCUCCUGCACCCUGGAGACCUGGGUGGACGACGCGGAGCCCCUGAGCCUGGAGCUGCACCGACACGACUCGGUGGCCACCGGGAACAACUGUAAUCUUUGCCUUAGGAGCUUCUGAGUCCCCGGGAGGGGAAUUCAGCGGCUCCGCGACCUCCACUUUGCGUCCAGCGAUUGAGCAUGUAAACCAGUCUUGUGAGAAUUACCUACAUAUAUAUUAUGUAUUCGAGUAUUUGAGUCGGUAGACCGCAAUUUUCAUUAUAGAAAGUUGUUUUCGAGGAUAUCCAUUAACAAUAAAGUGUGUAUGUGUGUGCGGCGCUCCUUUGGCUCCAUACCUUGA